CAACAAUCUUUUUUAUACAAUUUUAUCAUUAUAUAUUUGCAUUUUUAUUUCACUCGUAGUAAAGUACUUAUUCAACAUUUCUUUUUUAUUUAUUUAAUAAUACAAAUCGUGUGAACUACUCCAUUAAAUUAAAUUAAUCUUACAAAAUAAGUUUUAUUUUGGGCAAGUUUCCUUUUUUAUUUGAUCUUUGCUUCUGUCCAUAAAGAUAAUUCUGUGAUUUAAAAUUAUUACUUUGAAUAUUGCUUUAAAGCGGAGCGGCCGCCGCCGCCGUUCGGUGGGGUGGUGCUUCAUUGUGGAUUUGGGCUUCUCCAGCCACCUUCAUCCUUUUAUAUUCAGUUAUGCCCGCCAAGUAAAUUGAAACCCCUUCUACGUGAAAAAAAUUUACACUCAGCAACAGCGCCCGCCAUGUGUAUUCCAAUUCUUCAACACAGAAUGGAUCACCACCAGCAAAGCAAACACAGCGUCAUUCGGUCGCAGUGCUAUAAAUUUGCUGAUGCUGGUCUAUUGUUGAUGACAAUAAGACAGAUAGAUAUUUGAUAAUUUUAUAUUAAUUUAAUUAUUUUAAUUUUGUAUUCUGAUACAAAAUUUUUAUCGGUGCUGAUGGAAACAUUUGAUAAUUCUUUAGAUAAUAGGGGUUUUUCUUUUUUAGUUCUGAACAGAGUCUGAACUGUCAAAAAAAAAAAUCUUAUUUCUUUUUUGUUCAGAGCUUCAAAAUGUGUAUCUUUUUUGAUCUCAAAUCUGUUUCAAUAUUUAUUCAGAACCCUCAGAACACGUUCAGUUCAGACUCUGUUCAUCUCAACUAAAAAAGAAAAACCCCUAAUUGAAUCCGUUCAAUUUGUUUCACGUUUUCCAUUGGCGCGUUCAAACUUGAGUCACUUUCCAUAACAAAAUUCUAAAAAAAUAACGAAAAGCUUCAAAAUACAAUAAAAUAAAAACUAACAAAUCGACGGUUAAACUUCAUAACAUCGUAAGUCGAAAAAUUCGAAAAAAAAUGUUAAUCCAAACAAUUCAGAAAAUUCAGAGCUAUCUUUUGGUAUAUUCAGUUCAACAAUGUUGUUUUGAACAUUUUUUAGGAAUGACGAAACUCAAAAGGUCGUAUUGAUAGAUCCCAUACAAAAACACAACAUAUUGUUUUUUUAUUUCUGAAAAACUUGCAAAAACGACUUACGAGGUUAUGAAGUUUAACCGUCGAAAUGCUUUAUUUUAAGUUCCUUUGGUAUCAAAAAGUUUUAAAAUAUUGUCAAAAAAUUAACGAAUACCUUAUUUUCAGUUAAAUUAGUAUCAAGAACUUUUAAAAUACUUUCAAUUGAAAGAUUAACAAAUAGUUUUAAAAUUUGUAUAUCAAUAUCAAAUGAAAAAAAACGAAUAGCUAAGGAAUACAAUGAAACAAAAGCAACCAAGUUUGUUUGAACUCAUAAUUUUACUUACAAACAAAAGCUAUUGCUAUCUUUUAAAAUAUUUGUUUUCUCAUUUUUCCACGAAAUAAAUUAAUUGUUAGUUCAAGGCAUUGAAAUACGAACAAAAAAUCCAUACUAUAUACUCUUUAAGGCCCCACUACCACUUAGCUAGCUACAGAUUUAUUAACGAGUAAUUAGCUGAACGCAUUCAUUUUUAAAGAGUUCAACUUUUCAUUUAGUUUGACGUUUACAACUCAAAAAGCCAAAGCCAAAUUUUAAUUGUGGGUGAAAACCUUAAGACUCAUUAAAGCCGAUCAAAAAUCACCAAUCCUUGACGUAAAAUAAGACCCAAAACAAGAGCUAAUAGAAGAAUCGUGAAAAAACUACAACAAGGAGUUAAAGAAAAAGACUCAUUAAAGCCGAUCAACUAUUUAAAGAUUACCAUACCUUGACGCAAAAUAAGACCCAAAACAAGAGCUGAUAGAAGAAAAUCAAAAAACUUCAACAACAUUGGUCAGGAGUUAAAGAAAAAGACUCAUUAAAGCCGAUCAACAAUUAAAAAAUCACCAUUCCUUGAGGUAGAAUAAGACCCAAAACAAGAGCUGAUAGAAGAAAAUCAAAAAACUUCAACACCAUUGGUCAGGAGUUAAAGAAAAAGGUAUGAUUUUCAAUCAAUGAUUAGAUUUUUAGUACUAGCCAUAUAUUUAUGCCACCGGGUACAAAGGGAUUAAAUCAAAAAGCUGUAAUCUUCGGGUUUUGAACAAUAAACUCUUUAUUCUCUUUCAUUGAGCAUCAAAACAUAAAGCUAGAGCAAAUCAUUUCUAUAAAAAUAAACCGAUCAGUACUGAAAACCCCUUUGUACCCACGGAAAAGUCAUAAGAAUUUGUCCACCGAAAAAUUUUAAUUGUUUUUUUUUACUUUUGGGAGCUGAUAACUCAGCAGCUUCACAAAGUCCAAACUCAUUUUACAUUAUUAUAUUGAAUCUUGAAUCUAUAUACUUUUAAAGAAACUUUGAAGAACACAUAAAACUAUAUUUCAAUUAAUACAAACUAAGCAAAAACUCAAAAAAGACAUACUGAUACCUUAUUUAAAUAGAAUCUUGAAUCUAUAUACUUAUAUGUUUGAAUUAAAGGCGUUUCUGGCUAACUUUUUCAAGCUCGCUACGCUUGUUUUUCAUUAGUUACAAAGAAAAACCUUAGAAACCAUAGGUAGCCACCCAUUGACUCUAUAUUUUACAUUAAAGCCGAUCAACUGUUUAAAAAUCACCAUUACUUGACGAAAAAUAAGACCCAAAACAAUACCCAAAGAACUUCAACAAGAUUGGUCAGGAGUUAAAGAAAAAGGUAUGAUUUUCAAUCAAUGAUUAGGUAUUUGAGUACUAGUGAUAUAGAAGAAUAUGUCCACAGAAAGUUUUUAUUGCUUUUUUAAGUUUUGUUAGCUGAUUGCUUUGCACCUUAACAAAAUCCAACCCCAUUAUACAUAAUGUUUUGAAUUUCAUAUCUAAAUUUGUAUCUCUAACCCCUGAUAUAUCAGAAAAUAAUGCUUAUAUGAAAAAACGUUUAUUCGUACGAAUUAAAAACACAUUUAACAAAACUUAGCUCUGAUUUUUCAAUCGUCAGUUAGACUAUCAGAAGAAUAAAUGUCAAUAUAAAAAAAACUUUUAUUCCUAGGAAUAAGCUCUAUCUGAGGUUUAUCUGACUAUUGAAAAAUUGACCCUUAGUUGAAUUUGCAAUCUACAAUUUUAUCUUUAACUUUAAUCGCAAUCGUUUUUUUUUUGUUUAAUUUAAAAUUACAAACAUAAGCUUGAUAAAUUUUGAUUUGAAACAAUUUUAAAGUAAAAAACUUUCUCACUUCUAAUCAGCAGCUACUGAGCCAAGUUUGAAAACUUUAUAUACUAAGGGCCAAUUUUUCAAUAGUCAGUUAAACAGUCAGUUAGUACUUAUUCCUAAGGAUAAAGAAAAAAUCAAUUUUUCAACACGCAGGUAUAGCUUAUUCCUAAGAAUAAAACUAUCUGCUUCUUUCAGAGACGAAUAAAAAUUAUUCUAAGGAAUAAUCUAAACAAAAAUAUUGUGUCAGUUGUCAAAGCUGUUUUGAAAGAAUUUUCAAAAAAAUACAGUGGAAAACAAGAAAACAAAAACAAUCAUGAAUAAAAAUGACGUUUAAUUUUAAAUAUUUUUGAAUUUGACAAUUUUUUUUUGUUAUUCUGUAGAAUAAAUUAUUCUUGAUUGAAAAAUUCAAUGUUUUUAUCUGAUUGUUUAUGAGCCUAAUAACUUUAUUCUUCGAACAGUUAACUGACUGUUUAUUAGAAGAUUGAAAAAUUGGCUCUAAAUAGAUUUAGUUCCGAAAUAAAAAACAAAAACUAUUCUUAUUCAUAUUACAGUCAACAAGCUGAAAAUGCAUUGCGUUAUCUGCUCAGAAGAAUUUAAUUGCUUAAAAAAAUUAUUCAUGCAUUUGAAAAUUCUACAUGGUUGUGAUAAAAAAAGCAAUUUGAAAUGCUUUGAAAAAUCAUGUCAACAAAUAUUUAAUGGAUUACCUUCAUAUAAAAAACAUUUAAGCACCCAUUUGAGGAACUUAGAUACAAUUGAAAUCGAACCACCACUAAAUAUGAACUCUACGCAUGAUAAUUUAAGCACAAAAGCUGGCAAUUCUUCUAGUAUUUUUGAAAACAUGAUACAAAAUAAUCCUUAUUCAUCAAAUGAACAAGAACUACCAGUAUCAAAUGGCAGUGCAGAAAAAAUUCAAGCGCCUUUACAAAGCAUUAUAGAAAACAGCAUACUUCAAUUCGUUCUAAGUCAAUACAAUAACAAUAAUUUUUCUAGAAAAGAUGCAUUUACCAUACAAAAAGCUGCUGAGAAUUUUAUUAUAUCACCAUUGCUAGAUAUAGUGCUUGCCAUUGAAAUGUGUGAGGAAGAUAAAAAAAAAAUAGAGAAUGUUGUUAAAGAAUAUAGAAAAGUUAUUAAUGAAUUAAAUACUGAGUAUAAGCUUGAAAAGUUCUUAGAAAAUCGAGAUUUAUUUAAAAAACCAAAAGAAUUUGACAUUAACAGAGAAAUUUCUCAUAUUAUGAAAAACGGGCAGAGCAUUUUAGAGGAAAAAGUAGAGAAGGGUAUUCUUAUGGACCUAAAAUUUGAAUUCCGAAAAAUUUUUGAAAAACCAGAAAAUCAAGAAGUACUUACAACUUUUUUGGAUGAACAUAGCAAGCCAUCGAAUAUAAGAAAUUUUAUAAACGGAGAAUUAUGGAAACAAAAAAAAGCAAUGUAUGAAAAUAAGAAGUUGGUACCAUAUUAUCUGUUCACAGACGAUUUCGAAGUAAAUAAUCCACUUGGAGCUCAUAGUGGAGUUCAUAAAUUAACAGGAAUAUACUUUUCCAUUCCUAUAUUCGAAAAUUAUUUUAAAGUCAGUGACAUUUAUCUGGCUGGCUUGAUUAAGGCUCAUGAUAUCAAAACAUACGGAAAUGAUUUGACAAUUUAUAACCUUGUUCAAGAAAUUAUUUCUCUAGAAAUUGAAGGAAUUGACCUAAUUCUUAAUGGCCAGAAAACAACAAUUUGCUUAGUAAUGGGCCUAAUUUUGGGAGAUAAUUUGGGACUUAACCAGAUUCUUGAAUUUAGUAAAUCUUUCUCUUCUAACUACUACUGUAGGUUCUGUAUAGCGCCAAUUGCAUCGACUAAAGUUAUGUGCAAGGAAGAUUCAACAUUGAUUAGAACUGAGGAAAAUUAUGAUGAGAAUUUAUCUAAAGACUUUUCAUCUACAGGAGUUUACAAAAACUCAAUUUUGAAUAAAAUUCCUUCUUUUCAUGUUGUAACUAAUUUUUCCGUUGAUCUUAUGCAUGAUAUUUUUGAGGGCGUUGCGCAUUAUAAUCUGACACAUGUAAUACAACAUUAUAUAAAAAACAAAGUAUUUACGUUAGCUGAACUUAAUGAAUAUAAGUUAGCAUUUUCCUAUGGAGAUACUGAGAAAGGGAAUGUUUUUAAGGAUAUUACUGUUCAACAUUUGAAAAGAAAAAGACUGAAUGCUUCAGCAAGAGAGAUGUGGACAUUUAUUCACCAUUUUCCUCUGAUGAUUGGUCACUUAAUCCCAGUAAAUGAUGAAGUUUGGGAGUUCAUCAUUAUUUUUAUAAAAAUGAUUGAUAUAUUGCUUUUACCACAGUGUAAUGACAGCAAAUUAGAUGAACUUGAACAUCUAAUUGAAAAACACAAUGAGUUAUAUCAAAAUUUAUUUGGCGAUACUUUAAAACCUAAACAUCACAAUCUUAUCCAUUAUCCUCGAAUUAUACGAUAUUCAGGACUUCCAAAAUUUUAUUGGUCAUUUUUAUUUGAAGCAAAACAUCAAGAACUAAAAUCAUACAGUAGAGUUACAUCCAGCCGUAAAAAUAUUUUACUUUCAAUUGCAACGAAAUUCCAAUUCAAGUUCGCUUACCAAAUUACUAAACCCAGGGACGAUUUUCUUCAAUUCUCCCAUCAUGAUGAAAUAUCUUCUGUUGCUGAAAAUAUAUCCGACCUAAGUUUCGAUAUAUUAAAUCUGAAUUCAAAACAUUUCGAAAAAAUUGAAUAUCUAGGAACAGUCUAUAAAAAGGGUUCUUACUUAUCAAUAACCAAUAAUUUAAAUGUGAUUUUUUUUAUAAUUACACGUAUAAUCAUUUUAGAUGCAAAUAGAAAAAUAUACAUGCUUUGCCAGGAAAUACCAACAAUAUUUAACGAUCAUUAUAUCAUUUUCCAAAAGAAGAAAAAUUUAUAUUAAAAUCAAUUACAGCAUUUGAUGGACCACCGGUCCAUUCUCAUAAGAUUCUUUAUGCUGGUGAAU